AUGGCUGUGUGUUUGUGGUUGGUGAUAUUGUUCUAUGGAAGUCAUGCUGCUGUCCUUCCGCCUCCUUGGGCCGAUGUCAGAAGAAACCCCUGUGCAGCUCAUCCUCAAGGUUGGCUGAUGCUGUACUGGCCUUCAGAUGGAAAAUGUUACACUAUUUACAAGAAAGGUCACCCAUGUCCAGAUACUCAAGAGCUAAGCCCUGGCAGACUGGGCGGGAGGACGGUGGCCGAGUGCAAGUGUCCGCCUGGAACAGCCCAGCUGCCCCACACACACACCUGCCACAAGCUCUUCGAAAGAGGUCCCUGCAAACACGGAGAAUAUUUCGCACCUGUCGAAGAGUCUUUUAACAUGCGAGGUGAACGUCAAGGUAUGUGUGUGAGACCUCAGCAGUGCGCGGACGAGACCUUACUCUACUGGCCCCCCGAUGGAAGAUGCUACUACAGACUCACCCAGGGUCCGUGCUAUUCCGGCCUCAUCCUGGAUGUGGGCAGCAACGGUCUGGCGAAUUGUAGUUGUUCAAGGUCCAGCCCUCACUACUACCAGGGCUCGUGUUACGCUCACUACACCCGCGGUCCUUGCGAGCUCGGUCAACUGUUCCUGCCUGAUGGAAGGUGCGGCUGUGAGGAACAUCUGCCUCACUACAGCCGAGACGCUCAAGGAUGUUUUGAACUCGACACGCUGGGGCCGUGUUCCAAGGGUCACGUAUUCUCAAUAUCAGAAGUAUCAGUUAAUGGGUCACGCGCUGAGUGUCAUUGUAAACGGUUCCACGCGCGAGCUGCAGAUGGAGCCUGCUACAGACUGUACACGAGGGGUCCCUGCGACCAGGACGAGAUGAUCAACAGGGGGGGGAGGUGUACUAAGGUGCCGUGUGCUCGCGGUCGUCUGUACGUCCCGUCUCGCCGUCGCUGCUACCGUCCAGGGUCCGCGGAGCCGUGCGGUGUGGGCGAACACCUCGCCUUCGACUUCGAAGCGCGCCCCGCCCUCGACGGACUCAGUCAUAACGGCGUGUGCGUGUGCGGGAACAGGCAGUGCGCUUCUGAACAGGUACAGUCAUGUCUAACACGUAAGGGUGCUGCUAUAUACAAAGGUACGUGUCACGUUUUGUAUACACAGGGCCCUUGUUCCGAGGGUCGCUGGCUCGCCAUGGAUGGCACCGGAGUGAGCUGCCAGUGUAGACCCGGCCUAACUUAUUGCAAGGACAGCUGACGAAAGAUUAUAUAUUUUGUUUAUAACGUAAGGAUAUAUUUAAGCAGAAUUAUAUUGUUUUUGUUUUAAUAUUGUAUUUCUCUCAAAAUGUUUGAUCGAUUGUAUAUUAAAUUUAAAUGUUUGUCAGUCGCGGUGUAUAAUGCAUAUCCGGCUUAAGUUAUUUAAUUUUAAAGUUAAUAUUAUAAGAGUUGAUAUAUUAUAGUCCAGAUGCUAUUUAAUAAAAAUGUACAGGCGAUUUGUAAGGAAAUAAAUUAUUGUUACUUUUAAUAACAUAUAUAAAUGUUAUAGGGAUCAUACUAGCGUGACACUUCAAAUGCCAUAUACUACCAGUGAUUAUAUAAAACUAAUUAACAAAAUACACUUUUUAUAUCUAGGAGACGUGAUCUCAUUUCUUAUUAAGAUAUCAUAAUGCUUUUUAAACUAUAAUACAUUUGUACAUAGAAAACUGGGUUUUAAUGAAUAAAAGCUCAUGAGGAACAAAUGUUUGUGAAAUAUCUUGAAUUAAAAGAUAAAAGACGAGUCAUUUUAUUUAUUUUCACAUUAUCUUAUAUGUUAAUAACAUCAGCGUAUAAAAAUAUGUCGUAGCUACAAACUAAAUAUCAUAAGUUUUGGCCUAACGCUAUACAAUUGAAUAGUCACAAUCCCACCGAACUCAUUUCUCCUUUAGUUUAUUCUGUGAUUUUCC